AUGAGCUGCCAGCGGAAAGGCUUGCCCUUGGCUGAGUUCACCAGCUCAUCUUUCCUUCUCCUGGCGGAAAAGGCCAGCGCGCUGGACAAUCCAGACGAGCAAGCAGCCCAGAUCAGACGAGAGCUGGAUGGACGUCUCCAAAUGGCAGACCAAAUAGCCAGGGAGCGCAAAUUUCCCAAAUUUGUAUCCAAAGAGAUGGAAAACAUGUACAUUGAGGAGCUGAAGUCAUCUGUCAACCUGCUCAUGGCCAAUUUGGAGAGCAUGCCGGUGUCCAAAGGCGGAGAGUUCAAACUUCAGAAACUCAAACGCAGCCAUAACGCUUCCAUCAUCGACAUGGGUGAGGAGAGUGAGAACCAGCUCUCCAAGUCAGAUGUCGUGCUGUCUUUCUCCCUGGAGGUGGUGAUCAUGGAAGUCCAAGGCCUCAAAUCCUUGGCUCCCAAUCGCAUUGUAUAUUGUACCAUGGAGGUAGAAGGAGGAGAGAAACUACAGACUGACCAGGCUGAGGCUUCUAAACCAACCUGGGGCACCCAAGGCGACUUCUCGACCACUCAUGCACUGCCCGCUGUGAAGGUGAAGCUGUUCACAGAGAGCACAGGAGUCCUGGCCUUGGAGGACAAGGAGCUCGGACGGGUUAUUCUCCAUCCCACCCCAAACAGCCCCAAACAGUCAGAGUGGCACAAAAUGACAGUCUCCAAAAACUGCCCUGAUCAAGACCUCAAAAUCAAACUUGCUGUCCGAAUGGAUAAGCCUCAAAACAUGAAGCACUCUGGGUAUUUAUGGGCCAUCGGUAAGAAUGUCUGGAAGAGAUGGAAGAAAAGAUUUUUUGUAUUGGUCCAGGUCAGUCAGUACACAUUUGCCAUGUGCAGUUAUCGGGAGAAGAAAGCGGAGCCUCAGGAACUGCUACAGCUAGACGGCUACACCGUGGACUACACCGACCCGCAGCCAGGUUUAGAGGGUGGCCGAGCCUUCUUUAAUGCAGUCAAAGAAGGAGACACCGUGAUAUUUGCAAGUGAUGAUGAGCAAGAUCGCAUCUUGUGGGUCCAAGCCAUGUAUCGGGCCACUGGGCAGUCACAUAAGCCGGUGCCCCCGACCCAAGUCCAGAAACUCAACGCUAAGGGAGGGAACGUGCCUCAGCUGGAUGCCCCCAUCUCCCAAUUUUCUGGACUGAAGGACGCAGAUAGAGCUCAAAAACAUGGCAUGGAUGAAUUUAUCUCUUCCAACCCCUGUAACUUUGACCACGCUUCCCUCUUUGAGAUGGUGCAGCGCCUUACUUUGGAUCACAGACUUAAUGAUUCCUAUUCUUGCCUGGGCUGGUUCAGUCCUGGCCAGGUGUUUGUCCUAGACGAAUAUUGUGCCCGAAAUGGAGUCCGAGGGUGUCACCGACAUCUCUGCUACCUCAGAGACUUGCUUGAACGGGCGGAAAAUGGCGCCAUGAUCGACCCCACCCUCCUUCACUACAGCUUCGCCUUCUGUGCGUCCCAUGUCCACGGGAACAGGCCUGAUGGAAUCGGAACCGUGACUGUUGAAGAGAAGGAACGUUUUGAAGAAAUCAAAGAGAGACUCCGGGUUCUGUUGGAAAAUCAGAUCACGCAUUUUAGGUAUUGCUUUCCAUUUGGUCGACCUGAAGGUGCUUUAAAAGCAACUCUAUCACUCCUGGAAAGGGUUUUGAUGAAAGAUAUUGUUACCCCCGUACCACAAGAGGAGGUAAAAACAGUCAUCCGGAAAUGUCUAGAGCAGGCUGCUUUAGUCAACUAUUCCCGGCUCUCAGAAUAUGCUAAAAUCGAAGGGAAAAAGAGAGAAAUGUAUGAGCAUCCUGUCUUCUGCUUGGCCUCCCAAGUGAUGGAUUUAACCAUUCAGAAUCAAAAGGACGCAGAAAAUGUAGGCCGGUUAAUCACUCCUGCCAAAAAGCUCGAAGACACAAUCCGUCUUGCUGAACUAGUCAUUGAGGUUCUCCAACAGAAUGAGGAGCACCACGCGGAGGGAAAAGAGGCCUUUGCGUGGUGGUCAGACUUGAUGGUGGAGCAUGCCGAGACGUUCCUGUCACUCUUUGCAGUGGACAUGGAUGCAGCGUUAGAGGUGCAGCCCCCAGACACAUGGGACAGUUUUCCACUGUUUCAACUGCUGAAUGAUUUUCUCCGUACUGAUUAUAAUUUGUGCAAUGGAAAAUUUCACAAACACCUGCAAGACCUGUUUGCCCCACUUGUGGUUAGAUAUGUGGAUUUGAUGGAGUCCUCAAUUGCACAAUCCAUUCACAGGGGCUUUGAGCGGGAGUCAUGGGAACCAGUCAAGAGUUUAACCAGUAACCUACCCAAUGUGAACCUACCCAAUGUGAACCUUCCCAAAGUACCAAAUCUUCCAGUUAACAUCCCUCUAGGCAUCCCACAAAUGCCUACUUUUUCGGCACCGUCAUGGAUGGCUGCUAUAUAUGAUGCUGAUAAUGGAUCAGGCACUUCAGAAGAUCUGUUCUGGAAACUCGAUGCCCUUCAGACCUUCAUUCGGGACUUGCACUGGCCCGAGGAAGAGUUUGGAAAGCACCUAGAACAGCGGCUGAAGCUGAUGGCAAGUGACAUGAUUGAAUCUUGUGUCAAAAGAACCAGGAUUGCAUUUGAAGUUAAGCUGCAAAAAACCAGUCGAUCAACAGAUUUUCGAGUCCCACAGUCAAUAUGCACCAUGUUUAAUGUUAUGGUUGAUGCCAAAGCUCAAUCAACAAAACUUUGCAGCAUGGAAAUGGGCCAAGAGCAUCAAUACCAUUCAAAAAUAGAUGAACUAAUUGAAGAAGCUGUUAAAGAAAUGAUAACACUCUUGGUUGCAAAGUUCAUUACUAUCUUGGAAGGAGUCCUGGCAAAAUUAUCCAGAUAUGACGAAGGGACUUUGUUUUCUUCUUUUUUGUCAUUUACCGUGAAGGCAGCUUCCAAAUAUGUGGAUGUACCUAAACCCGGGAUGGACGUGGCCGACGCCUAUGUCACUUUCGUCCGUCACUCUCAGGAUGUCCUCCGUGAUAAGGUCAAUGAGGAGAUGUAUAUAGAAAGGUUAUUUGAUCAAUGGUACAACAGCUCCAUGAAUGUGAUCUGCACCUGGUUGACAGACCGGAUGGACUUACAGCUUCACAUUUAUCAAUUGAAAACACUAAUUAGGAUGGUAAAGAAAACCUAUAGAGAUUUCCGAUUGCAAGGGGUCCUGGACUCGACCUUAAACAGCAAGACAUAUGAAACCAUCCGGAACCGGCUCACUGUGGAGGAAGCCACUGCAUCAGUGAGCGAGGGUGGGGGCCUGCAAGGGAUCAGCAUGAAGGACAGCGACGAGGAAGACGAGGAAGAUGACUAGAAGGCAAGGGCCUGGAGUCCUUUAGGACGAAGUCCUGUAAUCAAUGCAUGUCCUUAGUCUGUUAGUUAACCCCAGUAGGGAACUCUCUGUCAACUACCAUGCCCAUGAGAUGUUUACCAAUACAAUUGCCAUUUUAGCUAUGUGGUACAAAGAUUAGCAAAUGACCUUCCACCCCACUGAUCCCCUGAUUCCGUGUCUAUAUGUUUACAAGCAAUAUGGAGCACCAUUCUUUAAAUACCGUUCAUGGAAAAUACAUAGUCCAACUGCUAAGUGUGGUCCUGUUCUCAGCAAAGUUAAAUGAUGCUUCAUUAAUGUACUGUGUAUGCACUGAUGGUAAAUGGACAUGAGGGUGAGUACAGCAAGUAUUUCACUUCUUCAUUUCACGUUACGUGGAUGCCGGUCAUAUAAAUGAGUACAAUAAAUUAAGACACAUAGAUCUGCUUUGUUUUUUGGAAACAAAGGCAAGCCUCCAGCAAGCAACCUUUGGUUCUUUGUGCUCCCCUGAAACUGAAAAAAGAACCCUUGUUUCCAUUGUUAACUCCUCCUUUCCCUGAUCCAUAUAGUUAGCCAAAAAAAUACAAAAACCAAGAUGGCUAGAUACCAAUGGGUUGAUCCUCUCAUUUGCCACGGCAAGGGUGAUCCUACCAUGAGCGAACACCAAGCACAGUUCAGAGCAACCUUCGUCUGUCAAAGUUUAUCCUCUUAAAUGUUACAUUUUGCUUUUAUGUUUCAAUAACUAUAUAUGUAAAAACACCUGAAUAUUUAAGUUACAACCCUAGACUAUCAAUGCGUUUAUAAUAAGGUAUGGAUAUUUCCUUCGGUAGAUUGUCACCAUAAUUUAAAUUAUUUUGUUCCACACUGGUUUUUAUAUCUGUCAUGUACAUUGCAUUUUGAUCUGUAAUUGCAGGACCUGGGGGUCCUUUGCAGAGCAAUCUCUUUCUGUGUAAAGUAGUGCACCCCAUCUUGCUUUUGCCUUAUAUAAAGCCUACAGUUCUGAAAGUGUGAAAAACUGUGGCUUCUCAAUAAAUAACCAUUCAAAUGUC